UCUCCAGAAAAUACGGAGGACAUUCUCGUGCUAUAUGAGCAGGAAGCAGAAGAGUGGGCUCUGUAUUUAAAAUCUCUUUUUGGACACAUAGUGAGCGAAGGAGGAAUAUUACUCUACAAUCUAGAGACUUCCUCUUUCAAGCACCAGGAACUAGACUAUUUACCCUGUUAUAAAUGUAAAGUCCUGAUACUGUCAUGUGGCCUUCUGUACUGCCUAAAUCGAAAGAGAAGUUACUUUUUGGAACGUGUUCUAAAGCCUGCGAAUCAAGUGGUGAUUCUGCUUUGUGGGGUGGAGAAUUCAGAGCUUCUUUAUGACCUACUGACCUUAGAUGGAGGCAGUCAAGAGAUUUCCACUGACCAGGAACCUGAGGAAUACCUCUCUGUUGUUUCAGGGAUUAUUCAAACAGAUAAGCCACAUAAUGAAAAUCGUGGAGACUCUUUGUCUUGCAUCUAUGAAGCAGUUGUUGCAGACAAUCACAAGCCUAGCUCAGAUGUUAACUUACCAGAUGUCAGGGGAGCAUCAGGAAAAACAGACCUCAGUUUCAAAACAGAGGUAUUUUCUGAAACAUUGGAAACUAACAAGCAGUCGAUAUUGGUGCUGCCGGGAAGAAUAUCACGUGAGAACCCUGGUGAAAUAUUCAUUUUGUUGAGAAAUGAAAUAGAUGAUGAAACCCUAGAAAUUGAAUUCAUAGCAGAUAAUCAACAAACUAGGCUACAGCCAGCCUCUUGGAGUAAGAGGGUCAAGUAUGUGAAAGCCUUAGAUUUUCCUGCUGGCCCUGUAUAUGUAAAUGUCUACUGUGGAGGAGUCAUUAAGACCACAGCACGGAUUGAGUACUAUACUGCACUAGAGGAGAUUGAGCACAUUUUCAAGAAAGUGGCUGACCCAAUAGCUUUCACUUGUCAGCAAGCUUUCAAAUUUUCUUCUGUAGAGAAGCUGGACAACGUUAUGACUUUGCUAUUGAAAAGAAAAAUACCUGCUUAUGAAUUCAGCCCGUUCCAAAGUGAAGAAAAGCAGCAUCAACAAGCUAGCAGCCAUUUGGAAGAAUUUCCUACUCUCCUUCACUGUGCAGCCAGAUUUGGGUUAAAGAACCUUGCAACAUUUCUGCUCAAUUGUCCUGAGGCCACGUGGGCUUGCAAAAUAACCAACAAAUAUGGAGACGAUCCAGGAAGUAUUGCUGAGAAGCAUGGGCACAGAGAACUGAGAAAGUUAAUUGAAGAAUCAUCAAUGCAUCAAGCUGAUAAUUUCACCAGUUGGGAGGAGGAAGCCGAAGACAAUGACACUUACAUGCUUAUGUCAGGCUCUGAAACUCAACCAGCCAUGGGUAUGUCAUCCAGGCAGAACCUAGGAGAUCAAUAUGGAAUCGGAUCAAGGUGCCAGCGAGAAGCCGAGGUGGAUGAGGAAAAGCAAGAUGAUGUAGAAGACAGCAGAGAGGAAACAGAAUAUGAAGAUGAAGAAGAGGAGGAUUCAUACAGCUUUUACAACAGCCCUGACAAUUUGUAUGCCAGCAUACUUGACAAUCUCCAAGAGAACAGAAGAGCCUGUUUUUCCUUUAAGAGGCCACCCCCUCCUCCUCCUCAAAAUCUGCCUGGCAUCCUAAGACAGGACAAUCUGCACCGUUUGUCACAAGAGAGGAAUGGGCUCAUAACAGCCCAAGAGACGUGUGAGGGGGAUGAGGAGGAGGAAGACCCCUACACUUCUGCAGAACUGGAGGAAUCUCUGUAUGAUUACAUACUGGCGGUGGAGGAGGAGCAGCAGGAGAAGAAAAGGAGUGAGUGCAGAUCUUUCAUCAUGAACAGGCCACCAGCCCCUGCCCCUCGUCCCACAUGUUCACCAGUCAGAGAGGAGAUCACUCCCUACAUAGUACAAGUGUUUCAGCAAAAGGCCACUGGAGUGCCCAGUGACAACAGCAGGAUGUACUGCCAUGCCAGGAAGCCCGCAGCACAGAGAGGCCAUGCUGACACAGUAACUGUGAAACACAGCCUGCCAGCUGAGCAGGUGAAGAGGGGGUACAUUUCUGUGGAUGAAGCCCUUGACAGAUUUAAACAGCAGAGGAAUGAAAACCAGAGACUACAGACCGCUCAACAGGGAAAAGUGCACCACCUCAGAGACACCGCUGCUGGAAACAGACUAGAAAAGGAGAAUCUAAAUGCUCCUGUGGAAAGCAGAGCAGAGAGCAUUCCUUUUUGAGACUUCCUGUUCCACAUGCCCUUUCAUAAAGCU